CUUCAAUGAUGAAGAGACUCUCACGUACAAGUGAUUGGGGUGCUUCUCGUUGGACAGUUCAGCGCGCGCACUUUUAGUAUUAACACACAACAACAAAAAAACUUCUUGUAGGAAAAGGUGCAGUGAAGAAAGAGGUACUUCUAAACAAAAAAUAGUGAACUGUGUGUUAAAAAAUACGAAUAAAAACACGGUAUUAGUGCAUCGACUGUGCAAUGUAGAUGAUUGAUCGAAAGAGCGCACAAACGGUGGAUAACAUAUAGUUUCUAGCAUCCUUUUUUUGGGUUCAUCUUCCCCAAGCGAUGUCUUGAUUUCGAUGUAACACGUGGUGAAGGGAAAGGUUUUGCGCAAACGGUCCCAUAGCUGCACCGUGAUUGAUCGUGUGUCGGACAGUUUAAGCAUCGAAUGAUUCAUGGUUCUAGCUUGGUUAGUGUGGGGUAAAAAAGAACAAGCAGAAAGCGAGUUUAAGUUUCGUGAAAAUUUAUGCCGUUAUGAUUUGAACACGAAAGUUUGGUACAAUAUUGAUACAUCAGCUUUUUUUCUAAUGACAAAAACUGAGUAAUUUCAAACACGAGAUAGUUUCAAUAAUUGUGUAUCAGAGUGCGAGUAAAUUAAACAUCAGCGUAAUCUUAUAAAGUCAAUUCAAUUAUAAUACAACACACGUGUAGCAGUGCGAACGAUCGUCCUGCAGGCCAGCCAGCGUCGCCACCCCGCCAUGCUGCUUGACGCAACGUCACUCACCUUUCCAUGGUCAAUCUUUUAAAGAGCAGCAGCCAAUUAGUUGCAGGCAAUAGCAAUAGCAUCCUCUAACAUUCCAGUGCCACCAAACACAGUCCUCCACUGCCCCCUCCCGGACCCAGUACUCCACUCGACGGUUGGCAGUAAUUAAGAGGCGGUGUCAAUUAAUCAAACUGACGGUUCCGUUUGUGCCGGGGCCGGAGCGGGCGGGCUCGCUCGUGUGUACCGCGUGUGUGUUGUACCCAGCCAAGCUUAUCCGUUGAUCGAGUAUCGAAGUGGUAAAUCAUUAGAUUCGAGUGCUCUUUUUAGUGACUGGCUGAGCAGGGCGAAGGCAAAGCGAGGGAGCGAUAGAGCGCAAGUGGAAGGAAACGCUCCGUCAGAUCACAAACGUGACUCAAGGCGAAAUGUCAGCAGCAACAUAACGGUUCGAUGGAACGGGUAGGAAAACAAAGCAUCGUGUGAGCUUAGCGGUGGAUUACCUGGUGUCAAGAGAGUGUUUGAAAUGUGCUGUUUUUUACAGUUUGUGAAUAAAUUGAAUGCAAGUGAAUGUUGAUACCGUAAAGUUCAGUGUGAGGAAGAAAUAAUAAUUAAAAAAAUAAUUAUUAAUAUUUUAAUUUUUGUUUUGUGGUAAAAAGAGUAUAAUAGUGCAGUGUUGCUUGUGUAAUAAAAACACAUCAAAGGUUCUAUAAAGCUCCCAAAAUGCUUCAAGUGACGGCGGAUCGGUUUGGACGACGGAGCAGCUCCAUCGGCUGUCGGUCAAUAGUCGGCCGGCGGACUUCCAUGUACAUCAACCAAACGCAGCACGACCGUGAUCCGUUCAAGCUCAUCCUGGAAAUCAACAGUGAGGUGGCACUAUUUCGCGACCUGCUCAUACACGUCGGCCAAUCGAGGGACUGUCCGGAGCUGCGGGAGAAGAUCCGAAAACUUCGCCGAUCCUGCGUCGAGGCCUGCAAGCAUACCGCCGCCCUGAUACUGCCCCAAAUACGAACCGCCAUCGCCGAGGGCAUCCUGACCGAUAACCCGCACCUGGUGCUGCUGUUCUACCUUGCUCAACUAUUUCUAAGAGAAUUAAUCAAAAGCCACCGACUGGUGCAGGUAAUACCGAUGGACAUGUCCGGCUAUUACGAGAACCGGGCCGGCCCGUCCAAUCUGGGCAAUGUGAUAAGUCAGAUACUGCUCUGCAAGCAAAUUACGCCCGACUUCAACCAGGAGGAGCUGUGCAGCAUUACGAAGGACUCGCAGGAGAUCGCCCGAAUACUGCAGGAGCUGCAGGAGUUUAUGCCGCAGCAGGAAAACUACCUGGAGCGAACCAUUGCCCUGACGACCGAAAUCAACGGACCCUGGCCGGCGAAGCGACGGCGUGGAUCAUUAUACAAAAACAUGGGCCUGCUGUGCUGCGUCUCUCGGCCCAACUACCUAUGAAUGCGGACGUCACUGCGGCCGAGUGUGUCGUGGACUGAUCCGUUCGAUCAGCCAGCCGCACAAUGCAUCAUCGCCCUCCCGGGAGCGUAACCGCAACCGCGUACCUCCCUCUCGCCCCCGGCAGUGCACAACAAUAAAAAGGACCGCUUCUCCCUCCAACCCUCGUCGCCCGCGAAUCGAAAACCCACCGACCCUGAACCAGGCAGAAAUGGCAGGAAAUGUACCCGUGGCGUUGAUUUCACAUCAACGGUAUGGAUCACUCCGCAUCGCAGUGUCAUCGAUGGAUCGAGCGCGCUCGAACAGCGUUGGCCAGACGUGGCUGGGUUCGUGCAAAACUUGAAAUUUCGUAUUGGUACGACCCCGCAGCAUGGCCGCGGAAAGUAGAGCAUCGUUGCUCACUCGCCAGUAAGCUUGCCUGAGAAGGAAGCUGGAUGGAUAACGGCAGCCCGCGGUAGGAUAUCGCUUCCGGGCUCCGUUUUUCGGUUAACGAUAACCACAGCCAGUGUGUGUGUGUGUAUGAGUAUGUGUGAAAGAAAUAGAACGAAUGUGCGAGAGAAUGAUGAUGUGAAAGGCUGCACAAAAAAACGCUGCAGCCUAGAGAAGCCAGCGAGACUAAAAUAGAUGCGAUGGACAGCGAUGGCGAAGUGCAGCUGCAUCCUGCACUGCUUGAUACAUUGCGGCAAUAAAAAAGGAUGCAUCGGACUGUAACGGAAGCGCAGCAGGGGGCACCAAUGCACCAAUGGAACGAACAUACACACGGACAGACACUCUUGCACUGCGAAGGAAACUUUACCGUAGGCAGCAGGCAGCGAGCGAGCAAUGCGCGAAAUAAUGCCAUGUGAGACUAACGUGCUGAAAGGGAACUUUAUUUUUGGCUUCAUUUUUUUUUGUAAGUUGCCGGGGGUGCCAUUUUUUGUUUUGUUUCUCAAGUCUUUUUUUGGUUCAACUCUUUGUGUGUGUUUUUUUUCUAUUUUAUGUUUGUAUGGAUUUUUCUAUAGCUCAGACGGGCGAUUGAUGAUAAAGAUGAUGGAAGCAGUUUUGGGUCUUGUUUUAUUCAUUUUUUUAAUAUUAUUUGCAUAUUUGACCUCGGUUUGACCUCUGAGAGCAAACAAAAUUAACGCUAUUUUAUAAUUAGUUUAAUGCUUUUUUUAAAUUAAUUGAAAAAACAGGGUUUCUUGCAUCAAUUUUGCGAAGUGAGCUGCCUAAAUUGUCUACUAAGAUUUUUGUAUUGUUCAAAACUAUUGCUUCAUCUGUGCAAUAUGAAUAUAAGGCCUCAGUUUUAGUACAGAAUUUCAUCUAAUUGCAUCUUAUUUAUUUUCAUUACAUUUUUUAAAGUAAUUUGUAGGUAAUAAUUAUACAAGUCUUGAUUGUUUUAGCCAUAAACUGCUUUAGUUGAUAAAUUAUGAGCAGCCGAAAGAUUACUCACAAAUAGUUUGUUUGCAUUUCAUUUCGUCUUAAUUUUUGUCCCAACUUAAUUCGCCCAAAAAAAUAUAUUUCUGUACAGUGCGCAGCAUAACUAUGCAAUCAACGUGUUUUAGGAGAGUGGAAAAUUGAAAAAUGUUUUGCAUUUUUGUUACUACGACUAGUAUUUUUUUAAUUGAGUAGCUUUUUUCGGGCUUUUCUACAACUGUCGUUUCCGUUUAUUAUAUUAUCGCCAAUCAGUUUAAAAAUUUGUCUUUUGUUUUUCGCUAAACUUUAGAUACUGCCCGCCUUCGAUGGCGCCUAUUCUUCAUCAGCUAAUCAGACCUUGCCUGACCCCGCUUAGCAAAUUUAGCCGAACUUUUACUCUUAUUGGCUGACUUUAUGAUCAGCUGGUUGUCUCUCUUUGUCUUAUCUCUUUUCGUCCUUAUCUCUCUGACAGCGCCAUCUGGAACUAUCUUUGAACAUUAUUCGAGCUUUCCUUGACAGCUCGUUGCUUUGAAGAGCAUUUGUUUGGCUAAUCUACUCGAGGUCGAUAUCGUGCUAACAAUUUUUUAAAUCCACAAACUCAUAUUCAAUUAUUUUAGUAUUUUUUUACUACUUCAUUGCAUUGUUUUUGAUCCCAAAAAUUGAUGUUUCUUAUCAAAUCCAUAGCUAAACUGGUUGCCCAUAUUUUUACGUUUUGCACUGUAGAAAGCAUUCUGCUAAAGAUUAAAUCGAAAAUCAAAUUAAGCGGUUAUCCUUUGGAUUAGUAUCUUUUUCUUCUUCUUUUUUGUUGGCCUGCUCACGAUAGAGCACGUCGAUGUAACAUGGCCCAGUCAACAAUUAUUCUCCAGGAUGCUCGGUCCCUGGCUGCAAAACGACAAAUAGUGUAGCUAACAUCGCAAAUAGGACGGGUAAACCCUGCACAACGAAACAUGCAAUUCCUGACGAUACCAAAAGCCUUCUUCUUCUUCUUCUCCUCUUCACACUAAACCAAUUUUAUCAUCCACUCAUUUAUGCUGAAGUGCGCUCUCCUAAAUAGAGAACAGUUUUCCACGAACCAGAUUACAUGGGAUGGACAUUGUACCAGCACACCAGCAAAAACAAAAAAAACAUCCCCAUGAGAUUUAUUGGAUGCUGUAAACUUUCAGCACAACAUUUACAUCCCCACUGAACGGUGUGUUAAAAUAUGAACAUGAUGAAAAUUGUUUCAUAUCCUUUUUUGUACCAUCAAAACUAAAACUUUUCCUAUGACAGUUCGCUGAAUAGUUUGCAACUCCCCUUCUCACCCUUCUGCACAGUUUGUGGCAGUAGUGUAUGAACAUUGUGUGCUUGAGCAUGCACAUUAUUUGCAUAAUUAAAUGCUGCUUUAUUAUUCAACAUCGCGCUACAAUAAAAUCGAGCCGAUAAUCUACAACAAUCGCACUAUGAGCACUUCCAUCUAUUCCGGUAAUUAUGCCAAUCUAGCGGGUUGUCCACAUGCUCUGGGUUUUUGGUACCCUUCACCUGUUUUGCUCACACCGUUCUCGCAUGUGGAGGCAGCAUUAAGGCAGUAAUAAUUAUUGCACGGGGGAAAAACCGCACCGAUAAUCGAUCCCGAUCGAAGGCAAGCGAGAAACUGUGUGUGUGUGUGUGGGUUCCGAGAAUGAGAACAAAAUCCCCUUUUAUUCAUCGCUAAUUAUGUGAGCGCUUACCCAUUCACCACCGAACGCGCGCGCGGUGUAUCAAAUUGAUUGAAGCGAUAGGUUUUUUAGGCCAGCCCCAGACCGGUUCGCCGAUCGUAGAAGAACGCGGGUAAAUACAUUAUGUUUAGCUUCCAAAGGCUCCCCCCAAAACUGGAAUCAUAAUCAUUAAUCAAAUGCUUCAUAGAAAUGGUUGUUUUUCUCUUUAUUUUCCCUUCCCACCGGGGGCUUCGGAAAAUGUUGAAUUGUAUGGGUCGAAUAUUUGUUUAGCCCGCAACGAAAAAGCGCGACUGCUGCCUUUCCCCUUUUUGUUUGCGCCGCCCCAAAAACACACUGUUGUACCGGACCCGAAGCGCCCGAACGUUCAUUUGUUGCUCGUUUGCUUACGCUUGUGCAGCUUUUAAUGGAAGUUUAAUCAAGCGGAAAAAUAUUACCCCAAUACUACCUCUGACUGACCCACCAUUCGGAGCCGUGUGGCUCGGGGACCCGACCACAACCGGAAUGAUUUCAUUAGGAGAUUUCCGUCUCCCGAUGUUUCCGGCAUGCCGGCGGGAGCAACAAUCAUUUCAAUAACCAUAACCUCCUAAUGACCGGCGUAAAUAUUGGAUUAGAUUAGAAUUAGCGCAGAGAGCGUGCACGAUCCCUGGCGUGGUUCCCUGCGCUGGUGGUUGGAUUUGUGCUUUCGAAAUAACAAUUGGAGUUUAGGGAUUAAAUGGAUGAGUUUGGGGCUUAAUGUGCACACAGUGCGUUCACGGUUGGUGCCAACAAGGUAGAGGCUCUUCUAAUUGUUUCCCUCCUGUUGGUGUAGGCUGAAGCAAUGUCACGAAUUAAACCUACGGCUGAGAAGAUUAAAAUGGGCAUUUAGUUGCAGCUGACAUGCGUACAAUUUUUCCAUUGCAUGUGCUUUGUUUGACUGUAUUUUUGUGUACUUUUUGUUGAUUUUUAUUCCAUCUUUUUCACGUCGAGCGAUGCGUAAUUAUGGGCAUAUAGUUACGAUCAUAAUGGCACAAUACAUUGCGCAACGGCUGCGAUGGAAGCAAACCAAACUUCGAAAAAUAAAACACACCCAAAUGAUCUUACAAUUAAGUGCUAAACAAUGUAAAAAAAAUCGAUUGGCAUUGUUAUGUUAGAACACACCACAUGAUACUUAUCUUCUAGAUUUAAGUAGAUUGCGAGAUUAAAAAACAAACAAACAAACACGACACGAAAAAUGGUACAGAAUACAUGUACAAAAGCAAUAAAUUUCGUAUAUUUGUUAUCGGUUUUAUAUUCCUCAACCAUCUGGAGUUUGCGCGCGCGAGCGAGAGAGAGAAGAAAACAUAAAAACAAAAGCACACCAUACGAAUGCGUAGCAUUGGGAAAGCAUUUAAAUAUUAACCGUGUAAGAUAUCGUCGAAAGGAGCCAGGCGUAGACGGCAAGCAAGCAAGCGCCUCCUCCAAUGAUAAUAAACAUAGUAAUGUUACAUACAAUACUCUUUGAUCGGAUUCAAACGAUUAAAGGUCAAUGGAGCAGUGAUCCAGAUCCACUUAACAGACGAUCAACUUCAAAACACGAUUUUUAAAACGCACCGGUACACCUGUAGAAUGAAUUCGAAUUAAAUUCACCAUUUAUUCACAGUCACACAGCAAAUACGCAUAUGCUCUAGCGAUACAGAGAACUAAUAGAAACAUGUUCGGGAGGUGUUUUUAUUUUUUUACUUGCAAAAAUAUAACAUUAUUAACAUUUAGCAUAUUCCCAUCGGUAGACAAAACAAAAUCAAACGUACGUGUUUGUAGAAACCUACAUUAUAGCAAACAUAAAGCGAUCUACAUUGCAGUAGUUGUAGGAAAAUGCAUUUUAUUGAAAAAAAAUCUCCAUUGUUCCAACCUACCCUUAAUUAAAACGCUGAGCGCCGUAAUAAGAGCAAAGGGGAAUGCUGGCGGGCGUGGAUGCGAUUUCGUUUACUACGUUUAGUGAUAACUGUGAUAUAGAUGUCCUGUUUGUCAAUUUGAGAAAUGGAAAGUAAAAACAAAACCAACAAACAAAAAAACAGCAACAAGCACACACACACAACUAAAGAUUAUGCGAAAUGUUCGAUGAAAGCUCUCAAUCAGCCGAACGGAGAUCGAACAUCCCUAACAACCGUGGUGAUGAAGAUGAUGAUGACGAUGUUGAGGCAGCAUUGCAAAGCGUUCUGUUCGAGUUUACCUACAUUGUAACACACAUUCAAAUAGUACUAGUUGUAAUCGUAUGAUGUAGUGAUAGUGCAACCGGUAGCAAAUGGUUGAUUGUCUGAUACGAAGCAUCAAGCGCACAUCUAGCCAUGUUAAUGGGGCGGGUAAAGGGGUACAUCUGCACACCGAACACGUUUUAUAUGCAUACUUCUAUUUAAGCAUUUCAGCAACAAAAAAACAGAGGCUAUAACCUAUUACACACAACCAAAGGUAUAUAAAUUGUUGUUUAACUCACCCUUUUAAAGAUAAGGCCCAUUAAGAUGUGUCGUGUAGAGGGAAAAUAGAAGAAAAAACAUGUAAAGAAGCAUUUGUUGUUUGUGUUAUCAUUCUGUUGACAUUUUAUUAUGCUAAAAUCGAUCGCGUUUUGAGUGUGUUUUAAUGCAAGAAAAAACUCAUUAGGUGCAGUUUAGAGGUAAAAUAUCAUUUGUAUCUUGUUGAAUUUCUAUUGUAAAAGUUUUCGAUUUAUACGCCAUAGUAAAGGUAAGGGGCGAUCAAGCUAGCACACAACAUCAAAAGCCUGUAACACCAAUCAAAGUAGUAGACAGCAUUUGGCAAAUGUAUACAGAAACUGAGACAGAAUCGUGACAUUACAAGCUAUUAUACAAUUCAUCACAAAUUAUCUAAAAGCUCGGCUUAGAAGCACACUGAGCAACGUACUCACCACCAAACGAAACCAACUCAAACCAACCCGUUACCGCACACCAGUACACCGUUUUGCCGCUGGGGCACAAAGCAAGCGACCAAAGGAAAGGUAAAAAAAAAAAAACAAAACAUUCACUUACUUAUAUUACUUCACUUCAGCUCAUGUAAAGAAGAAGGAGGAAAAAGCCCCGAAACAGCACAACAACAGUCACGCGCGUAAAACAUAAUGUCACGAGCGACUUGUGUCCCGGCGUGUUACAUACAUGUUGUUGAACCGAAAAUAGAAACCAUGUUCUGAGGAAAAUUAUGUUCCAGCCAGUCCAGCAGGCAGUUAGUGAAUGAGGCGAGGAAAGAGGCGUGCGCAGGAAAAAAGGACAGCAGCAAAACCAAACAAGAUGUAUAAUGUCUUAUUUCGUGGACCAAUGUUUCGUACCAUCCGUGGACGUACUACUACACACUUGUCGCAACUUGUACGCAACAGCAAACAUACGCAUACGCUUACCUACACGCACGUGCACCUUUUCGAUGAGUUUGGACGAAAUGGAGCCAAAAAUCUUAGUAGUGCUUGGAAAAAUGACCUUUAAGUUAUUUAUUCCGUUUAUAGUAUUGGAUGACAAACACAUUCAGACAAACAAAACAUUGUAAUCCCCUUUCCUAAGACUGAUUAUUGUACAUUUCAUUCACCUCACAAAAUGACUCAUUUCGUGGCCCAGUGUUCAUCGAGUAUUAUCCAACCAUUUUAUGUUUAAGACAAUCUAAAAGACAAUUUCAGCAAAACACGAACAAACAAAAAUCACUAUCACUUGCAUCACUAUUCCACAGUGUACCGCUGACUACUAAUAAGAAAAAGUAAGGCAAAGAAGAGCAACAAGAAUAAUGAUACAAAAUAUAGCAGUUUACUUAUAGAAAACAAAACCAGAACGCAAAACAACAAUACAAAUCAAAUACAAAGCAAAGUAAAGCACCAUCUUUCAAAGUACUGUAAAGCCCAUACGAUAUAUAUAAAAAAAAGACACGUUCAAACAUGGAGCAAACACGAACAAAAUGCACCAUUUCCAUGUUCCGAGCAAGGCAGCGAAAGCGCAACUGUAUAAUCAAAUCAAUUACGUGCAACAAAAAACAAACAAACAAACGAACCGAGACCCAAUAAAAUGAAAGUACAUUUAAAAAAACGAAA